GCUGUGGGUCCCAACAGAACCAAUCAGUAAAAAAACUCACCUCAACCAGAUACAGAACAAAUGAAUCUUAAGUUUUUCUCUUCUUAUAAUAGGCAAGACCCUAUAGGUUUAGGCUUAUAAGUUUCCUUAAAAUCAGGGUCCAGUUGGUUAUCUUAUGCCCCCCAUUUAGUUUUGGAGCUAUUGGUUUGGCUAGAAGACAUACCGACUGAUUUGGACAUGGCCAUUCUAAUGCAUAAUUAUUCUUCAAAACCAGUAGUUCUAAAACAUUUUAUGAUAAGUAUCACCCUGCUAAACACUAAACUUUCCUAUUAUAAAAAUACUGUCACAGCCUUUUAAAAUAGUGGUCUAAGGGAAGUUGGUCUUUUUGCUUUUUUUUUUUUUUUUUCCACAAAAGAAAGAAACAAAAAAGCAUUCUUGUCCAUUUGCACUGCAUGUUUUAAGUAAAAUAUUGAAAGUUUUAAGUUGGUAAAAUAAACAGUUAUUGUUAAUCUCUUUGUUUUUUGGAACUUAUUUACUCCAAAAUUUAGCUUGUAAACAAAACAAGAUUUCCCUGUAAAAAUGUCCAAGUUCCACCGAAGGCAGCCUAAGAACCACUAGCAGUACUCGGUCAUUGGCCAGUAAAAGGUGUUCCUCUGCCUCAGUUGGAAGUCUUUUGUAGCCUCUAACAGAUUUUCUUCCAGGACCGCUAUGCAUUUAGCUCCAAGCAUCUUCCCAUCAACUCUGACCAGCUUCCCUGCCCCUGCUGAAGUAAAGCAUCCCCACAGCAUGAUGCUGCCACCACCAUGCUUCGAGGCCUCUCUUUGAGAAGUUAUAGUUAUAUUGCUUUAAUGAUAAAUUUGUAAUAUACUGUGCAGCCCUAGUUCACAGUUGACCUACUCUUUCCACUUUAAGAUAAUGGAUUAAAUUGCGAUUAUCAGAGUUUUAGUCUUGUGAUACUUUUUCUUUAACUACCUUUGCUUUAUACUUCUUCACAUCUUUAUCCCUGAGGUGUCUGGUGUCUUCCUUGGUUUUCAUGAUUAUUCACUAAUGCUCUCUCUGAGACCUUCACAGAAUAGUUGUAUUUGUCCUGAAGGUAAUGGCACUGGAUUUUAUUUAGAGCUACCAGCGUAAAAAGGGGCUGACCACAAACGCACGUCACACUUUGCAGAUUUUGAAUUGCCAAAACAAAUAACUGAAAACUCUAGACCAUUCAUUUUUUUCCACUUGAUAAUUAAGCGCUAGUUCCCGUUGGUCCAUCGGUUAGUAUUUCUAUUAUGGUGUUUGUUUUGGUGCGUGACAGGAAACGACGAUGACGUUUUACGACAGCUUCGGUGCAUUCUGGGUCUAACCCAACAUGGCUGCGCCCUUGUUGGAGUGCUGAAGAAGUGCCUCUCUGGAGAUAUCCUCGGGUCUGCGUGUAGUUUCCGCGACAACCUCCGAACCGAAUCAGCCUCCACGGUCGCUGGUUUGCAGGACGACACCGCGGGACCCCCGUCAUCGAUAAGUGUGUCCAUCUUUUCGCGUGGCUGUGGCAGACUGUCCGUGUGAAGAUGGGCCUCGUCUCCAGCCCUGUCCCAUAGCACAGAGCCCCGGGGAGAGGAGCCGCAGGUUCCCCUGCAAACACGCACCCGUCCAGCUCGCCUUUGACGGGUUCGACCUCCUGUACCGGCUUUGGACUCUGCCCUACAGUUUCCUUACAAGGAUCAUCUGCGACACCGUGUCUGUCAUCGUCCGGAGACGGAGAGCUUCUUCCCCAUCCCGGGUUGAUAAUCCCGCCGCAUCAAGGGCCCUGAUGAAAAUGGACUCGGACUUGCUUCAUUCCCCGGCCGUGGGCCUCACUGAGGAAGAGGAGGCAGACAUGAAUGACUGGAAGCUUCCCUUGACUUUCAUGAAGAAAAGGCACUUGGAGAAGAUCGAGGGCUCCAAGGCAUUGGCUCAGAGCUGGAGGAUGAAAGACAGGAUGAAGACGGUGAGCGUUGCUCUGGUGUUGUGUCUCAAUGUGGGAGUGGACCCCCCUGAUGUGGUCAAGACAUCCCCCUGUGCCAGGCUAGAGUGUUGGAUAGAUCCUCUGUCGAUGAGUCCACAGAAAGCCCUGGAGACCAUUGGGGCAAACUUGCAGAAGCAGUAUGAAAACUGGCAGCCCAGGGCACGCUACAAACAGAGUCUGGACCCCACAGUGGACGAAGUGAAGAAACUUUGCACGUCACUGAGACGCAACGCUAAAGAGGAGAGGGUCCUCUUUCACUACAACGGCCAUGGAGUGCCACGGCCCACCGUUAAUGGGGAAAUCUGGGUUUUUAACAAGAAUUACACCCAAUACAUCCCUCUGUCCAUCUACGACCUGCAGACGUGGAUGGGGAGCCCGUCCAUUUUCGUUUACGACUGCUCCAACGCGGGAAUUAUCGUCAAGUCGUUUAAACAGUUCGCCCUGCAGAGAGAGCAGGAGCUGGAGGUUGCAGCCAUCAAUCCCAGCCACCCACUUGCACAGAUGCCGCUUCCACCCUCCAUGAAGAACUGCAUCCAGCUGGCUGCAUGUGAGGCCAAUGAGCUGCUGCCCAUGAACCCGGACCUCCCUGCCGACCUGUUCACCUCCUGCCUCACCACGCCCAUCAAAAUCGCACUUCGAUGGUUCUGUAUGCAAAAGAGUGCCAAGUUGGUGCCAGGGGUGACGUUAGACCUCAUUGAGAAGAUCCCUGGCAGGCUCAACGACAGACGCACGCCCCUCGGAGAACUCAACUGGAUCUUCACCGCCAUCACCGACACCAUCGCGUGGAACGUGCUGCCCAGAGAUCUGUUCCAGAAGUUGUUUCGUCAGGACUUGCUGGUGGCCAGCUUGUUCCGCAAUUUCCUGCUCGCAGAGAGGAUAAUGAGGUCGUACAACUGUACACCAGUCAGCAGCCCUCGUCUGCCACCCACAUACAUGCACGCCAUGUGGUGGGCCUGGGACUUUGCCGUGGACAUCUGCCUCUCCCAGCUGCCUACCAUCAUCGAGGAGGGCACUACCUUCAGAAAUAGUCCGUUCUUCGCAGAACAGCUCACAGCGUUUCAGGUGUGGUUGACCAUGGGUGUGGAGAACAGAAACCCUCCUGAGCAGCUCCCUAUAGUACUGCAGGUCCUCCUGAGUCAGGUGCAUCGGCUGAGGGCUCUAGAGCUGCUAGGAAUGUUUCUGGAUUUGGGACCCUGGGCCGUCAGUCUGGCCCUGUCUGUGGGGAUCUUCCCAUAUGUGUUAAAGCUGCUUCAGAGUUCAGCCAGAGAGCUGCGGCCAAAGCUGGUUUUCAUCUGGGCUAAAAUCCUGGCUGUGGACAGUUCAUGUCAAGCUGAUCUGGUGAAAGACAAUGGACACAAGUACUUCCUCUCCGUGUUAGCCGACAGUUACAUGCCUGCUGAAUAUCGGACCAUGGCCGUUUUCAUUUUGGCUGUCAUCGUCAACAGCUACAGCACAGGCCAGGAGGCCUGUCUGCAGGGCAACCUGAUCGCCAACUGUCUGGAGCAGCUCUCAGACCCCCACCCGUUGCUCCGACAGUGGGUGGCGAUCUGCCUGGGCCGGAUCUGGCAGAACUUUGAACCGGCGCGCUGGUGUGGAGUCCGAGACAGCGCUCAUGAGAAGUUGUACACCCUGCUGUCAGAUCCCAUCCCUGAGGUAAGGUGUGCCGCUGUAUUCGCACUGGGAACAUUUGUUGGGAACUCUGCUGAGAGGACGGACCACUCCACCACCAUCGACCACAACGUGGCCAUGAUGCUGGCUCAGCUCAUCAACGAUGGCAGUCCCGUGGUCCGCAAGGAGCUGGUGGUAGCCCUGAGUCACCUGGUGGUCCAGUAUGAGAGCAACUUUUGCACAGUUGCUCUCCAGUUCAUAGAAGAAGAGAAGAAUUAUGCAGUGCCGUCACCAGCCAACACUGCAGGUUUUAGAGUAAAUUUAAGGAGGAGUUCAAAGGAUCUAAAGCUGGAGUUACACUUCUCUACUCAGGCAGAACCCGGCAACAUGACUCCAGUGAGGGACAGCCCGGCCAUCCCUCGUUUGAGAUCCGUCAAUUCCUACACCAACAUCCGAGCAGUGACCACGGCUCGCAACCUGAACAAAAGCCUCCAGAACCUCAACCUCAACGAAGAAGGCGUCCCAGCAGCCUUCUCUCCUGGGAACCUGAGCACCAGCAGCAGCGCCAGCAGCACCCUGGGGAGUCCCGACAACGACGAGUACAUACUCUCGUUUGAAACCAUCGACAAGAUGCGCCGGGUUUCUUCAUAUUCCUCCCUAAACUCUCUUAUAGGUGUGUCCUUCAACAGUGUUUACACUCAGAUAUGGAGAGUGCUGCUCCACCUAGCUGCAGAUCCUUUCCCGGAGGUUUCAGAUUUGGCCAUGAAAGUCCUCAAUAGCAUCGCAUACAAGGCGACGAUGAACGCCAGGCCUCAGAGGAUCCUGGACUCUGGAUCGCUGACACAGUCAGCCCCAGCCAGUCCCACCAGUAAGGGCACUCACAUCCAUCAGGCAGGCGGCUCUCCGCCCAUGCCCAGUACCAGCAGCUCCAGCCUGACCAACGAUGUUCCUAAACCACCUGCCAGAGAGCAGCCAGCCAUACGGCCCCCCUACACCCCGACGCUAGGCGGACAGGCCCCCCACUCACACCAGUUCCCCCGCACACGCAAAAUGUUUGACAAGGGACCAGAACAGGCAGCUGAAGAUGGUGAGGAGCCGGGUGGUCACAGGAAUUACGUCAGUCUGGCCCUGCAGACGGGCCUGUGUGACUGGAGCGCCAAGUAUUUCGCUCAGCCUGUCAUGAAGAUCCCAGAGGAGCAUGACCUGGAGAGUCAGGUGAGGAUGGAGAGGCAAUGGAGGUUCCUGAGAAACGCUCGCGUUAGAAGACAAAGUCGGGUUAUCACGCAAAGAGGCAUUUCCCGUCUAGACGAUCAAAUAUUCAUCAACCGUAACCCCGGGGUACCAUCUGUUGUGAAGUUUCACCCCUUCAACAGCUGCAUCGCUGUGGCCGACAAGGACAGCAUCUGUUUCUGGGACUGGGAGAAAGGCGAGAGGCUGGACUACUUCUACAAUGGGAACCCACGUUACACCCGGAUCACAGCCAUGGAGUACCUGAACGGACACGACUGUUCGUUACUGCUCACAGCGACAGAUGAUGGAGCUUUACGGGUCUGGAAGAACUUUGCCGACCAGAAGAACCCAGAGAUGGUAACGGCGUGGCAGGGCCUCUCCGACAUGCUCCCAACCACCAGAGGUCAGCCCUCCUCCAGCACCCACAGUCUGGCCAGAAGGGUUUCCAUCUAUCUUGACAGGAGCAAACAAGGAGGAGCUGGGAUGGUCGUGGACUGGGAGCAGGAAACUGGUCUCCUCAUGACGUCAGGGGAUGUAAGAGUCAUUCGGAUCUGGGACACGGACAGGGAGAUGAAGGUCCAGGACAUCCCAACAGGAGCCGACAGCUGCGUGACCAGCCUGUCCUGCGACUCCCAACGCUCCCUCAUCGUCGCAGGUCUGGGUGACGGAUCGGUACGUGUCUUUGAUCGCAGGAUGGGCCCCAGUGAAUGUCGAGUGAUGACCUACAGGGAACACGGAGCCUGGGUGGUGAAAGCUCACCUGCAGAAGGACACAGACGGAAACGUUAUUAGUGUCAGUGUUAACGGAGAUGUUCGGUUCUUUGAACCGCGGACGCCGGACUCCAUUAAUGUGUUGCAGACUGUAAAGGGAUUAACGGCUUUGGACAUCCACCCACAGGCCAACCUCUUUGCCUGUGGAUCGAUGAACCAGUUCAUAGCCGUCUACAACGCUAACGGCGACGUGAUCAGCAACAUAAAGUACUACGACGGCUUCAUGGGACAGAGGAUCGGUGCUAUCAGCUGUUUAGCCUUCCAUCCAUACUGGCCCCACUUGGCUGUAGGAAGCAACGACUACUACAUGUCCAUCUAUUCAGCAGAGAAGAGGCUCAGAUAACACACCAGCAGCGCUGCUCUACCCCACCCCCACACAUGACUUCUGACCCUGAGCCUCGAGCACUGGGAUGUAAAGGAUGGUUUUUUUUGUACAUAUGCAAUUCACCAACGUGAAUGUUUAAGGGAUGGCUGCUGACAAAAACUCAUGCUACAAACGUCUCUUUACAUACAAAUAUAUAUAAAUAUAUAUAAUUAUUAUUAUGAUUGUUUAUUCAUAUUCUUAUUAUGAGGCUAAUGAUUGUAGACUGUGCUGAGGAGUCUGUGUGUAUAUAAUGAAGAGAAGAAGAAGAGAUUCUAUUUUAAAGAAGUGCUGCCAACAGAUCCCUGCAGCUCCUCCUGGCUGCACAGCGAGCAUCACUACCUGAAUGAACUGCGACCCCAACACCCACUCAAGCCCACAGUGGGGUCACACACGCUGUUGAAACAGACCCACCGAAACAGGACGCAUGGACUGAACCCACCUCCCCUUCGCUGGACCCUGAUGUGUCAGAAGCAAACUCACUGCAAUGAGAUGCAGCUUUACUCCCUGGAGGUUUAAAAGGACUAACCCAGAAGUGAUGGACUGUGCUUGUUGUGUGGCAGAUGUUAUGAGGGAUAAUUUUCCAUGUAUGUGUUGUCAUAGUACAGAUAUGCCCCACAGUAGAGCCUCAUAUCCCCAAAAGACUCCUGACCCCCAGUAUGCCAGACAUAAUCAGAAUCGUCCACCUCUGAAUUGUGGCGGUAAAGGUUUUUUUUUUUUUUUGUUUAUCUGUUUUAAUUGAGUGAAAACCUGCAUCAUCCCCGAGAGAACACAAACACUCUCAUCAGCAUCCACCUGGAAGUUGAUUGGCUCGCUUACCUGGUUGCCAUACAAAGCAAUAAGGCUGCUCCUGCUUCAGCUCAGCAAUAUAAAUACACUCAUUUUAAAUACACUCUGUUUUCUUUUUCAUCAACAGGACAGGUGUGUUUUACCCCACUUGUUUCUAUCGGUGACAUGAAGGAUGUCAGAUGUUAUUUCCCCGCUACUGUCUAAACUCUGAUCUGAAAAGCACACAAACAAGCUUUACUUAGGUUCCUAAAAUCCCACCAUCUAUUCUUAUUCUGGCAGGAUUUUAUUUAAAUGUAUUUAUUAUUUUGAGCUCCAGCUUCCUUUGUUACAAUCAUGUGUUGAGCAACUGGUGUUGUGUAUCAUGUUAACUGCCUGUUUAUCUCCACAUCAGUCAGUCCUUUAGUCAGCAUCCUUGAUUUCACUCAGGAAUCUAAAGAAACCACCUCAAACAGCUGAUCUCAGAGCAGUGAGGAUCCUCAGGUUGGCCUCAUGUUAUCGAGACGAGUGUCACUGUGGUGCGUUUGGGUUAAGCCUCUGAGGUUAGAUUUUUCUGUGCGUGCCGUAUUACCAACAACGUGCCUCUUCCUCUGGGACGCAGCUUUGCCUUCUUAGCUUCUCCUUUAAAAAAAAAAAAAAAACAACUUUUCUGUUUCUUUUCUUGUAAUUUGUGUUUUUACGUGCUUCUCUGUGCAUCUUGUUUGCCUGGCCUCAGUUUUUCUCAGAUGUGACCUCGCCACCUCCUGCGUCUCAUGACUGCAAGUUUGAUUUUCCCUGCAAAAGACACAGUUAGGAGUCAGCGGUCCUGACCGCCGCCCGACUCCACAGCAUUGCACCGCUUGAGCGCUUUUUGGUUCGCCUCAACCGGUAUCAACAGACCAGAACCACAUUCAUCUCUAAUUAUCCUGCUUUGAGUUUUAAGAUUUUAGACUUGAGGGGGGGAAGAGACUUUAACAUGGUAGUUAGAAAAGAAAAACUUUACUGACUGUGGUUUAUAAGAUGAGAGAUGAAAUUGGUGAAAUAAACCAAAUACAACACUUGA